UGCAACAGACAUUGUAGUUGCUUCUACCCAAUCAUUGCUGGGCCAACUUCCAACAACGCAAGGUGCGUAAUCUUCCCAGUGCAGACGUUAACAGCCCCGUUUACGCACAUUGUCAUUUGUACAUCGUCGAAGAAUUUUAUUCCAGUUUACACUACUAUUUAUACGAGGUUUUGUUCAAGCACAAAAACUUUUAUACUAACAACAUGGCCAUCGACGAAGACAUGGAGGCCUUACGCAAGAUUUCGACUGCUAGCAGCUGUCCGACUGAAUCGUCAUUGGCACCGUUACGUAGACGCCGCGCUAGACUAUGGCUAAGUUGUCGCCUAAACCUCGCAUUAAUGUGUUUGGCAGCCACAUUUACCUUUUUCCUAAUGCGUCUCAACCUGAGUUUUGCUCUGGUGUGUAUGGUACGUGAACUCCGUUAUGUUAACGAUACGACCGUUGUCGCUAUUAGCAACGACAGCUUUCGCGAUGACAUCACCACUUCGUUCGUUUCCAGUCCUGGCUACGACUCGGCAGAGCAAAAAGAUUUUUUUGAUGAUGACCUGCGGCAAAUUUUCGACGAGGAAGAAGGUCUCGAUUGGAACAAAGAAGUACAAGGCAGCAUGCUGAGCGCUUUUUACUAUGGAUUUUGGGUUACACAAGUCUUCGGUGGAUGGCUAAGCGAUCGAAUGGCUGGUAGCAAAGCCAUCCUGAUUUUAGCAAUGUCGAUCAUGAGCGUUAUUAGUCUGCUAUCUCCAUUUGUGGCGCAAUGGAGUCGAUUAUUUUUCUUUUUGAGACUCACUCUUGGCUUAGCAUCGGGUCUUGCUUUGCCGACCAUCCAGCCACUCUUUUCUCGGUGGUCAGCACCCGACGAACGAGGAACGUUGAUAGGUCUGGCGUUCGCUGGUUUUACGUUAGGCAGUUCCAUCACCUUUCCACUGUCAGGCUUCCUAUGUGAAUACGGUUUCGCUGGUGGAUGGCCUUCCAUCUUCUACCUGUCUGGUUUGCUGGGAGUUAUUUGGGUCGUGGGGGCCAUUUUCCUGGUUCAUGACUCGCCAGAGACUCAUCCGCGUAUAACCAACGAUGAGCUCACCUUCUUGGAGCCAUAUUGCCUGAAGAAACAACCUGGCAAAAAGUACAACAGCAUCCCUUGGAAAUGCAUUCUCAGCUCCGUGCCCGUACACACCAUUAAUGUCUGCCAAUUUUGUCUCAACUGGGGCUUCUACACUCUCAUCUCCGGCCUGCCCAUCUUCAUGAAAGAAGCUCUCAAGUUCGACAUCACGCAAAACGGACUACUGUCGUCGAUGCCAUAUGCUGCUGCUCUGGUCGUCCAUCUCGUAGCUGGAAAGUUCUUCGAUUGGUGUCGUGGAAAACAGCUAUGUUCACUAACGUGGCUGAGAAAAAUCUUCAACACGAUUGGCUUCCUUUUGCCGGCUUGCAGUUUCUUUAUCAUAUGCCAAUUGACAUUCGAAUGGCGUUAUAUCGCCGUUUUCUUGCUAGCCCUGAGCCAGGCAGGCAGUGAAAUAGCGAUUAUGGGUGGUUUUAUGUUCUCCAAUAUUGAUCUAGCCCCUCAAUAUUCCGGAGUUCUGCAGGGCAUCGCCAGCACGAUAGGAACUGUUCCAGGCUUCGUUUCUCCUGUUGUCAUUGCUUAUCUGACACCAUCGGGAUCAGCAAGUGAAUGGGCUAAAGUUUUCUACAUCAGUUGUUCUCUCUAUAUAUUUGGAGCUCUGAUUUAUCUUAUUUUCGGAUCGAGCGAACGGCAAAAAUGGGCCCUUCCACUUGGUGCUGAUAUCCAAGAAAAAGAUACGCGAUUGAUUCAACCACCCGUCUCUAACAGAACUGAUACCUUUGAGUCGUGAAAAUCUUCAUGCCGGUCUUCUCGUUUAUUCUGCCAUCCAUACUUGUUGGUUUUUAUUAGAGCAUAUAUUUAAGACAAACCUUUAAAUUGAAAAUUUAUUCUUUUUGUGGGUUUAAUUGGAACCCAAACGAAAUAUAAUUCUUUUAUUGAUUUGUU